GCGCCUGCGUCGUUUUCGCGGUGAGGUUGGGGGGCUGCGGGCGGAAGCGGGACCACCCCCUCCAGGGAUGCAAGCAGCCGGGCCGACCCAGGCGAGCCAACACUGCGGCUCCCGCACGGCCCGACCCCCCGGCCCCGCCUCCUGUCGUGCGGAGCUGGACCGCUGUUCUCGAGGGUCUCGAGGGUCUCAAGGGUCUCGGUGCAGCCUCCUACCGGAGCCGCGCCGGAAGCUGGGUGGGCCAGGGAGUUGCGAAGCUGAGUUCCGCCAUGGCGCUCCAGGGACCUCUGAGCUGCUUCCUCUCUCUGCCUUCCUGUCACCCUCGGGGCCUGGAGGAGCCACAACAGAAGAGAGCCACCAUGAUAAGGGACAAGAACCCCCAGUGGAGCAUGGUUCCCAGGGAGGGCAGCCCCAGCAGAGUCUGCACCUCACCGCCCUAGUGCAGCUGGUAAAGGAGAUACCGGAGUUCCUGUUUGGAGAGGUGAAGGGUGCUGAGGACUACUCCGAGAGUGGGAGCACCAGUUUGGAAGGGGAUCGAGCGACGCCUGAGGUAGCCGGGGCCGUGGAAACUUACCCUCCCCGCAGCCUGCUCAGUUCUCUUUCGGAGAGCCCUGCAAGCCACCCCAGCCUGGCCGCCACACCCACAGGCAGCUCAUCUUCCAGUGGCCCUCCUGGAGACUGGGCACAAGAAAGCCCCCUACCUACCAUAGGAACUGCUGAUAACCCACUGUCUAUAGAGAAGGAAGGCUUAGGAGCCUCAGGAGAGCCUUCUGUUCAUCCCACUCAAAGCCUGGACCAGAGCAAGAGCCAUCGAAGACAGGAUAGAGACAGCACAGGAACAGGAACCGCUCCUGAGAACAGUCCCUUGCAAGGCCUCAUCAACUGUCUGAAGGAAAUCCUUGUGCCCGGGCCCCAGCACCGUGGGACAGCCCCAGACUUGCCACCUUCUCUCCCUGGCCUGAGUGUGUUGAAGCAGACCAGAGCUGAGGUGGAGCCAGGGAGCCUGCCCUGCCCGGUGAAGACGGAGCCAGUAUCUGGGGAUUGUCCCCUUCAAGGACUGCUGAACUGUCUGAAGGAAAUCCCAGAAGCCCCAGACAGGCGUCCCAGCCCCUCAGGAGCAGGGGACGUGCGAUUACAGGAGGAUCCCGGGAAAAGGAAUUCUGGAGGGAUGAGAUGCCCCCAGACUCCUCCUCUCCGCCGGAGUCAUGGAGCUGGAAAUAUGCUUGCCAUGGUGAAAGUAGAAGAUAGCUGGGUUCAGAGUCCCCCAGCGCCAGCAUCCUGCCAGCUUAGCAGGCAAGGCCACAGUCCCUAUUUCACUGGAGAUACCAGAGAGGUCCGUGUACCCCGCUGGGGCCCCAUGACUCUCGCCAGCAGGGCCUCAAGCUCACCACUAGAAGCUCUAGAGGCCUGUCUAAAGGGCAUUCCUCCAGGUGGGUCAUCACCUCUUCAGCCGCUAGCCACCUCAUGGUCCAGAAGUCCCCAGCCAGGAGAUUCUGGAUCUCAGAGGCUUGAACUACAGCCACAAGGAUCCCACAGUGAAGAAGCUACGAGAGAGCCACUUCUACCUCUGAGCUUGCAGGGCUGCAUGAGAGAGGGACCUGGGAUUCAACCCUCUGGCUCCCAGGGUACCCCUACCAGCUUCUCCUCAGCCAGCAGCAGUGAUGGGGAUCUGGAUUUCAGGAGCCCCAGGAACAAUCUGGGGCAACGACUUGGGAAAGGAUAUCCACCAGGAAACUCUCCACUCCAAGGCCUGGAGAACUGUCUGAGAGAGAUCCCAGUUCCCAGGCCACAGGCUGCCUGGCCUUGUUCCUUGACUGUAGACAGGGGGUUGAAGAGACCAGAGCCCAGGAACUGGACUACAGACAAAGAAGGACCGAGGGGCGAGGCCUGUGAACCACCCCACCUCGGACAGGGUCGAGGAGAAGUACCUAACAGGAGUCUCGGUCUAGGCAGUCCACAGAUGACUGUCAGACCAGGAACGUGGCAAUGGCCAAAAGAUGAGACAGCCACCAUGCCCUCCCCCCUGCACUGCCUGGAGAGCUCUCUGAGGGGGAUCUUGCCCGUGAGACCCUUGCGUUUCACCUGCGUGACUGGCCCUGCCCCCAGUCCCAGCCCCUGCUCCAGCUCCAGCAUCAGCAGCUCCGAUGGAGAAGACCUAAGGCCAGAGCCUGCAUUCUGGCAGCCACCCCUCCAGAAGAGAGACCCCCUUCCCUCCAGUAAGGGUCCUGGCCCUCUGUGCCCUGUCUCUGGAGCAUCUCCAAGAGUCAACAACAGUAGUUGUCUUGCUGAAGACCCUACGAGAACAGAGCCCAGGGACUGCAGCAGCCUCGGAAGGGCAGAAGGGACAGGAGUCAAGUCCCAGUCACCCAGAAGAGAAGGGACUGCAGAGUACACAUGCCAGCCUGGCCCUGUCAGCAGUGCUGAAGUUAAAGAAGAAGGAAAAAGAGGAGAGGCAACUACGUACCCAUGGCCUGCCCCUCAGCCAGAGGAAAGGCCUGAGCCCAAGGGUACUGAAGACCCCAAGGACCUGGAGCCUGGACAUGGGCAACCCAGCAGCACAGCCAGGACCCAAGGAAAGCUGCUUUCUGGGGACCCUCUGGAGCCACCUAGCAAGUCUCCCCUUCCCACAACUGACUUGUCAACGUGGCCACCCACUUCUUCACAGCCACCAUGCCCCUGUGGCAGAUCCCUGCAGCAGGAGCUGCACAGCCUUGGUACUGCCCUUACGAACAAGCUGGACCAGCUUGCAGCAGCCUUGGCAGGCCUGACUCAGGAAGUGGCCACCAUGAGGACCCGGAUGGACCGGCUGGGAAGGCGCCCACAGAGCCUUGGACCAAAAGGCCAGGCUUCUUGGCGGUUGGCCCUCUCCCGGAGACCUCGCUGGGCCAGCAGACUGGACCACAGACACCUACCCUACUGGAGGCAGAAGGGCCCCACCAAGCCCAGACCAAAGAUCCUGUGGGCUCAGACAGAAGGCUGCAAGGCUGGUGACCGCCCAGGACUCUCUAGAGGGAAGGGCAAUUUGGUGCCUCAACUGCCUCCAGAUGGUUCCUUGGUAGAAUCUUCCAGGCCCACCUGUAGCUCAUCCCAGCAGAUCGCAGUACCUGGAGGCCACACUGUGCUGACUGCACAUCCCCUUCUGGAACACACUGGUUGCCACCAGAAUCCCCUCUCCCCUUCAGUGCCUCCUGCCUUGGUCCCUCUUGUGGCCUCACCAGCAACCAGUACAGACACAGAACCUCAGGCCGCUAGAGUGGCAGCCAUCAGCAUUCCAAACCAGCACAAGGAACCUAACAGCCUGCUAGGGGGAGCCCUCAGCAAAGACCUCUGGGGAGGUGACCACAGGGAUCCAAGGUGGGGGGCCCAUUAACUGUGCCGUUCCUCUGCUCAGGCUUGUGAGGGUGCCUGUUUCCCAGGGGUUGUGUCUUCCUUACCGCUCAGCCAGCCCUCUCGGUGCUGCUGCAAGUCUGACCCUUUGCCUCUGCUGUGCCAGGCUCCUAUGGCGUCUGCGUAGAGCCACUACAGAGGCAUUUCUCAGCCAUACCUCUGGCUUUCUUGGCUCAGGUUCAGUCAGCCAGUUCUUCCUCCGUUAUCAGAGCCAUCUAGGUUCCCAGUGAGUGUCAUGCAUAUAGCAUAUGCACAGAGCCAGCUGCUCCUGAUCUCAAGGACACUGAAAGGCCAGCCUUUAUCUGUCUGGAGUGAAUACUUCACAGAUCUCAUUUAGGGAGAGGCUGGCCUGUGGUCUGAGCUGAAUUGAUCCAUAUGGAUUCUAAAACUAAAUAUAUUAGCUGCUAAGAAAAGGCCAUUGGCUUCUAUGGAAGGGUGCUCAGAGAGGACAGCACUUAGGCAUGGUCGCCUGGAUUGUCACCAGCACAGUGAGAGUUAGGCAUGUUCCCUUCUUCCGUACCUACACCUCAAGAGAACUGAGCAUGUGCCGUGAGGCUGGUGCAGCAUGCCACAGGGCUCCUGGGGAAGAGCAUGCACAUCUAUCGGUCUCCUAGGGCUGUGCACAAGUGUUACAGGCUUAGUCUGGGCAGCUGAAACCAGGGGUCCCAAAUCAAGGUCUUGUCAGGGUUGGUUCUCCAGAGGGCUUCUGGCUCUGCUGGGGGCUGUCUUCAUGCUCACAUGGCAUCUUCUCCAAAUGCCCUUUCUGCCACAACACAGAUGUUUCGGGUGGCACUCAUUCUCACUUGAAUUUAUUCUCCAAAGACUCUAAGGAACAUCACCUUCUGAAGUGCCAGCGGGGUGCGCAGUAUGGUCAGCCUUUUGACAUCAUGACAUGGUGUUGUCAUCUAGAAAGUUCACAUUCAAGAACCAGACAGUUGAGAUUAAAAAAAAAUGUUUUAAAUAUGUUUACAAGUUUGUGUUAGAUUGCAUAUGUAGUAUUUAUUCCUUAGCUACAAGCAGGUUAGGAGUGUUGCGGGUUGGCCGUGCCUAUUAGGAUUAAGCCUUCAGCAUAUAAACGAGGAGGAGGGCAACAUCUAGCUUAUAAUACCCUGAGACCUGGGCCGGUCUCGGGUUUGGCCUGACUGCCUAGAUGCCAUUCCACCUGCUUCUGCCCUGGUGAGAUGGUUGGCUCUGCCACCGCUGCCCAUCCACAUUCACUCAGCUCACGUCCUUCGGAGCUGAUCUGAAUUCCUUUUAAACCUGAGGAUGUUUCAGGA